AGAACAAAAAACAAUAGGGUAGUCCAAAGAAAAAAAAAGCCUACCAUGAGAUUCGUCCGGCGAUACUCGGGCUGUGGAGAGAGAGAGAACGAGAAAGAGAAGGACGACGUAUAGGCUACCGGCUACAUCCAGAGGCUAGAUCGACGAAAUGCUGUGUUAAUGUAGGUAGGUAACUAUCUACUUACUGCACCAUAUGAUAUGUGCGUGCAUGCGUGCGUGCGUGCGUGCGUGCUUGCAUGGUUUAUUACGGUUACAGCUUGUUGCGCUCGCAGCGAUAGAACAGAAAGAAAACGGCCCGGGCUUGCAGCGAGAGCCAGUUGUCAAGGAGCUGAUCCUCCCCCGCGGCAGUUUUGUAGCUGACUGGCUGGUGAGCCUCACGAUCAGCCCCUCCACCAGAUUUUCCCUCCUUUUCUUACUGGUAAAGCCUAGGUAACCCUGUCGCACGUCACAGUUUUAGCCCCCCUCCCCCCCCUUCCCCUCAUGUUCAC